CCCCCGCGGGUGGAGGGAAGGGCGCCCUCUGCGGGCGGGAGGCCGCGCUGUCGCCACGGCAACGGCGGCGCGGGGGGGACACGGCUAAGCCGGGCGGGGACCCGCGGUGACACGGCUUGACAGAGCCACCGGGCGGGACACGGGCUGCCAGAGCCACCGGAGCACCGGCGGGGGACACGGGCUGCGAGAGCACCGAGGAAACAGCGGGGGACACGGGCUGUGGGACACACCGGGCCACCAGCGGGGGACACACCGUUUGCCAGAGCCACCGGGCCACCAGCGGGACCAUGGCCGGCAUCGAGGAGCGCACCUUCAUCGCCAUCAAACCCGACGGGGUCCAGCGGGGGCUCGUGGGGGAGAUCAUCAAACGYUUCGAGAGGAAAGGGUUCAAGCUGGUGGCCAUGAAAUUAAUACAUGCCUCUGAGGACCUUCUGAGGGARCACUACAUCGACCUCAAGGACCGGCCGUUCUACGAUGGUCUGGUGCAGUACAUGCACUCGGGACCYGUCGUAGCCAUGGUGUGGGAAGGUCUUAAUGUGAUUAAGACUGGAAGAGUGAUGCUGGGGGAAACCAAUCCAUUCGAUUCCAAGCCCGGCACUAUUCGCGGUGACUUCUGUGUUCAAGUUGGAAGGAACAUCAUUCAUGGCAGUGAUUCCGUGGAAAGCGCAGAGACAGAGAUCAAUUUGUGGUUCACUCCUGAAGAACUGGUUGAUUACAGAAGCUGUGCUCACGAGUGGAUCUAUGAUUAACAGCCAGCCUGGAUCCUCUGAUAUCCCCACAGUCCGUGAGCARCUGCCAGCCUGUAGCUAUUCCAAAGAAUUCCCUGGUAGAAGCUGUGAGUUGCUCUGUUGUGAAUAUUGAAUAGAKUCAGUGCUUGCUGCUGCUUUGAUUUAAAAGCUGUCAAGUUAUAGACRGGAUUACACUUUUUAAAAGAUGCUUUUGGGGUUGAGAUGUGAGGUGAAAACACAGAGCAGAUAAUAGAUAUUUUUCUGAAGCACUUUAUAGUCUUAAAGAGUAUUUUGGUAAACAAAAAAAAAAAAAGAGUAAAAAAUUCUUUGGUAAAUAAAUACGAAAAUGGCUCAGAGUCAGAGGUUAACUUUACUAAAGCAUUAGGGGACAACUGGUGGUGUGUAAAUGCAUUGCUAAUGUGCCCAAAUGUUUUAAGGAUUUACUUAAUAUCAAGUUAAGUGCAUCCCCAUUCCUAAAACAGCUGCAGAAAAMAGCCCAUUUCUCUCUCAGAACAUGCUGUGCCCAUUCAGAGCUCAGCUCUGGCUAAAAUGACAACUGGCCUCCAYACUGACACUGCUUUAUUCCUUCCACAAGGGAUUUAUUCAGCAUUUUAAGGAAAGAUUAAUGGGCCAGCCUUUUUGAAAUGCCCUUUUAUAUGAAAAGAAGAUUAAUGUGAGGAUGGAUGAGGGAGAUUCUACCUUCACUUCAGUGCAGCAGCCCUGUGACAUUGCACAGAGCAGUAAGUGGUGUUUGCUGAACAGCUGAUAAUUUAGCUUUGUUCUCAUUCGUGUCCUUUCCUCAAUAGCUGGAACUACAGAGCAAACUGUCCUUGGAUAAGUUGUUUCAGAAGUGACUUUAGCACUAUUGUUUUGUAUUUAUUUUAAAGACGUAAAUAAGCACAGUCAUAAUACUGCAGAAGGUGUUUCAGUUUUGACAGCAGAAGUUGUGCUGGAUGAGGAAGUAGGGAUUGAUAUUAUGUAUUUAUUUCUCUGCAACAUUUUAUUCACUAAGAGCAAGAGUUUCACAGAAUUAGUUGCUGAAACUCCACGAUUUUUUUCCCCACACUGUGAGUUCUUGUAGUAAAUACUGAACUAUGCAAUGAAUGUUGAAUUGAAAGCUUAUGAUACCUUAUGAUAUUGGGCUCCUAAAAAGAGAUGGUACAAAAUAAAACAUUUGCUGUUUCUUAAGUGAAAUA